AUAGCAAAUUCAAAAGAGAUAAUAAAGUUUAAUUAGAAUAAUGUAGAAAUAAGACAAUAUAUGUGACUUUUGUACACUGUGUAUAAUUACGCAUCCAUUUGGCAAAUUGAUCCGAAAGCGACAUGUCGAACUACAGUAUAAAAACGGAGCUUAAGACUACGUUGAAGGACAAUGUCUCAAUCCUAUCACGUCAGUAUUAUCACAAUGACCUCUCCAAAAGUUAUCAUAUCUACAACGCAGCAAGGGAAAAUUUGUGCAGUUUAUAACAACUAUCGGUUUAGAAAAAUACAUGUUAAUAAAGAUUCAAGUAUUCUGUUCAAAUGUACAACAAAUAAAUGUUCAGCAUCGAUUACAGUUGAUACAAGUAAUAAUAUGAUUCGAGAAAGUGGUAAACAUGAUCAUGAAGUGAGGAUGGAAGAAGAAAUUCGAAAUGUUAUUCGAGGAAUGAAACGAAAACUGCAAGAAGAUCCAUCACGCCCAAUCCCGCAAGUAUAUGAAGAAGAAAGAGCCAUUUUUGGUAGAGCAGGUGGUGCAGUUGGUAAGCUUCCUCGUUUAGAAGGUGUUAAGUCGACAUUGUAUAGAACUCGUUUGGACCAAUUACCGCCAUUGCCCAAAUCAGCUGAUAACCUUCAGAUUCCUCCAGCAAUGUCAAAAACAUUAAAUGAUCAACAAUUCUUAAUUUAUUGUUCAAAUCAAAUUGUGUCAUAUUGUUCUCCAUUUGGUAUUAGCAUGCUUUCACAAACUUUUCAUUGGAAUGCUGAUGGAACUUUUCAGACGUGUCCGCAGUUAUUUUCACAAUCCUACACAAUCCAUGCAUUUGAUUCAUAUUCAAUGAAACCAGGUUUAUUCUCCGCAUUACCAA